AUGCCCUCGACAGCUGCUCGCCGGUAUCACGAGGACCAAAUACCGCCGUUCAUGUCCGUCUUCGACCUGGACGCCGAGACCAUGGCAGACCGCGACACAGUCACCGUCGUUGACCCUCGCGCCAUAGAUGGGUACUCGAAGCAGCCUCUUCUACACGCACCCCAACAACUAGGCCACGGCCUUGGCCCUACCGGCCCCCCUCACAAGCAUAACGACAGCUCGUCGACACAAAUGUCCGAAUCGGCAGACUCGUCACCAACAACGACGCUUUCCACCACAGACUCGUCGCCACUGUCCGACCCGUCACCGUCCUCGUCGCCCGACUCGCCUGUAACAUUGGUGCCCCUCAACAACUAUCCUGCGACGUCAUUUGGAGCGCCUGUUGCUCGCCUGGAGCCUGCAGCUACGCUCAAGCCGCCAGAGACCACUACUCUUGUCCGGCCCAUGACCUCGCCGUCUCCCCGGAGGGCUCGCAACAUGAAGGGUCUGUCGAUACAGCCGCCGUCACUAGGGAACGCAGCAGGGGCCGCAACGACCGCAGCGACGAACAACACAACGGGGGCCGAGCCCCCGUCACCGUCCUUCAUCAAGCCCAACAUUCCAGGCAUGAAGCGCAAGCCGAGUAUGCUCAGUCUAAAAACCAACACGUCCGACCUCAUGGGCCGGCCUAUACCAGAGGUGCCUCCCUCGCCCGGCAUGGGCCCGAUGCUACAGCGACGAGCGCUGAAGCACUCGACGUCAUCGCCACACAUGCUCACAACCAUCAAAUCUGCGUCGUUCGGACCAGCGGGCGGCAUGACUCUACCAAACAUGCUGUGCCGCAAUGAGAAUGGACUUUCCGAGGUUCUGCGUCCUAUGAAGCCCAGCAUGCAGACUACGUUUGACACGACCAUCAAGGAGGAAUCAUCACCGAUCAAGUCACAAGUCGCCCACCGCAUGGACGCGGAGCCUUAUCACGAGAAGGUGAACAAUGAAGACCAAAAGACGCCAGGAUAUCCCAACGGACCAAUCGCCAUCUAUGGCGACGACGUGUAUUUGUACUUGGAGCCGACAGCGGAGGAGGCAGCGCGCUUCGACGUGGUAUUCAACGUAGCAAAGGAGGUCCCAAACCCGUUCGAGGCUGAGGCAGCCAAAAAGAGGCAGUCGUUUGUUCAGAGCCCAUCCGUGGAGAGCCCGGUGCCUGACACGGCCUUGACGAACGCUAGCUUCGCAACCGCUUUCGAAUUCCAGCCUGGGAACGACCGAUUCCAAGACACACCCACAACACCCAAAGCCAACCCGUGGAAGAUGCCGGAAUAUGUCCACAUGCCGUGGGACCACAACACAGACAUUGCGCCUGAUCUGAUGCAGCUUUGCCAGAAGAUCGAGGACCGGACCCGGGAAGGCAAAAAGGUGCUCAUCCACUGCCAACAGGGCGCCAGUCGCUCCGCAAGUCUCAUCAUCGCCUAUGGCCUCUACCGCCAGCCCAAUCUCACCGUCAACGACGCGUAUUACGCCGCUCAAAAGAAGAGCCAAUGGAUCAGCCCCAACAUGAAGCUCAUGUACUCGCUGCAGGACUUCCACAAGGAAGUGUCCAAGAAGCUCCCGCUGGGUGCCACCAGGGCUGGGAAAGGGCGCAGCCCGCCCAAACACAGACUGACACUGUCAGCCGAUGCCAUCGGCCUACCGAUGAAAGAGCCCCGCACGGCCCCUUUGCCCAGGGAGAAGGACAGGGAAGCAAGAGGACAACAUCUAAGCCCCAUUGACACGCACCGUCGCGGGAACUCCAUGCCCGGCACGCAGAGCGUGUCGCCUGGUCCCGCUUCGGCGCCGCCCAACUACUCCUGGCCAGACGACAUGGUGCCCACGCCGGUGGAGAAAACAGCUUCUCCUGUCGCCGCUCUGCAGGUGUCAGAGCUGCCACAGCGACCGAAGCAGCUGGAGCUCGCCGCACCCGCAAAGGCAUCUUUUGAGCCGCCGCCCACUCCAGGUUUUGGCGCGCCUGGCGGCUUUGCGUUCCAGAACAAGACGUACCCCAGGGCGCCCCCUGCUCCUCCACCACUAGCUACAUACGGCUCCAUCGAUCAGACAAUGACAUCGCCGCCUGACCUGCCUAUCGACGACGCCAUCCUCUCACCACGCGCCGAGACGAUGACCAAGAACCCCUUACAUGACUACCCGGCCUCGUCCUCGGGGAUGCAGUUCGUCGAGACACCUCCCACACCAAAAGACGGCCUGUUCUCACCGCGCGUCACUUGCUUCCCGAGGGAUCCCAUGGUCCCGUUCGGUCGUCCGCCCCAGGUGGCAGACCCAAGGAGUCCUCCCACCGUGGGGGAGACACCCAUUGUCCGAUCCAUCGACGACAUAUUAUAA